AUGAAUAUAUAUCUUAUUGUUACAUUUUUAACCAACAACUGCGAAUAUAACCAAAUUUUAUUAAAGUCUUCAACUACUAUUGUACAAGAAGUUUAUGCUUCAAUUUUAGAAAGUAUUCUUGGUUUACCAAUUCCAGAAAUGAGAUUAUUGGAAUUCUCUGACCAAGAAUUUGAUGAAAUGUCAACAUCUCUUUUAAAUGCAUCAAAAUCUAACGAGUCGCUUUACGAUUUUAUCAAAUUGGAGUUAUCAAAAUCUUUUUUCUUUAUUAUGGAAUACAUACCUUAUGGAAAAACUUUUAAAGAAUUAAAUCAUAAAGAAUAUUUCUCAGGAAGUACUGGUGAAAAGAAACUAAUGCAACUUGGACAAAUAAUGGCUUUCGAUAUUUUUUGUAAUAAUUGGGAUAGACUACCUUUGAUUUGGAUGGAUAAUGGUACAAAUUUUUCAAACAUAUUAUUUUUCGACACUCCAUCCAAAGAAGGAUGGUAUUUUUUAUUAAUAAAUUCAAAUAUGACAUGUAUAGGAAAUAACAACCCAAUAUCAAAUAGUAAUAAAAAAUAUAUUGCAAGGAUCAAGUCAUUGGUAUAUUCAAUCUUCAGAAACCCAUCAGUAGAAUCAACCCAGGUAAAGAAAAUGAGGGAAAUAAUAUCAAAGUACUAUAAAAUAAAUUUAUCAUCAUCAAGUGGUAUCCUAUUACAGAGGGGUAUUCUUCAUGGUAUUCAGCUAAUAGUUAACAAAAUAACCCCAUCAAUAUUAAAAGAUACAAAAGAGAAAUUAAAACAUCUCAUAAAAAUAGAUUUUAAUUCAAUUUGGAAAAAGGGUAUAGAAUCAAUAUAUUUACCUUUUUUAUUGGACGUAUUGGAAAACUUAAAAAAUCAAAGUUUUUAA